GAAGGCGUCAGGUCAGGUCGUCUCAGCUGGCCGAGGACAACACUCGGCCCCACGCCUCGCCGCGGCACCUUAUUUCCGCCUCGUCCAGGCCCGCGGGCAGCCCGGCGCCAUGGGGAUCCUCGAGAGAAUCGGCGAGAUCGAGAAGGAGAUCGCCAGGACGCAAAAGAACAAAGCGACGGAGUACCAUCUGGGUGUGCUGAAGGCCAAGCUAGCUAAGUACCGCUCACAGCUACUGGAGCCGCAGGGCAAGAAGGGUGAAAAGGGUGAGGGCUUUGAUGUUAUGAAGAGUGGUGAUGCGCGGGUGGCUCUCAUCGGUUUCCCUUCGGUUGGUAAGAGUACCUUGCUGAGCACCCUGACCAACACCCAGAGCGUGGCUGCCUCCUAUGAGUUCACAACCCUCACAUGCAUCCCCGGCGUCAUUGAGUACAAGGGCGCCAACAUACAGCUUCUUGAUCUGCCAGGUAUCAUCGAGGGUGCCUCCCAGGGCAAGGGUCGAGGCAGGCAGGUGAUUGCGGUGGCUCGAACGUCGGACUUGGUGAUCAUGAUGGUGGACGUGACGAAGGGGGAGGUGCAGAAGGAGCUCCUCACCGCUGAGUUGGAGGCUGUCGGUAUCAGGCUCAACAAGAGGAAACCUGGCAUCUACUUCAAACAAAAAAAGGCGGGAGGCAUAAAGUUUAACGCCACGUGUACCCUGACCAAGAUUGACGAGAAGAUGGUGCAGAUGAUCCUUCACGAGUACAAGAUUUUCAACGCCGAGGUCAUAUUUAGGGAAGACUGCACGUCAGAUGAGCUGAUAGAUGUGAUCUCCGGCAACCGAGUUUACAUGCCAUGCCUCUACGUGUACAACAAGAUCGAUCAGGUGUCCAUUGAGGAGGUGGACCGUGUGGCUCACAUGGCUCACAGCGUGGUGGUCAGCUGCAAUAUGAAGCUCAAUCUCGACUAUCUACUGGAACGGACAUGGCUAGAGCUCUCCUUACUGCGGAUCUACACCAAGAAGCCGGGCCGGGCGCCAGACUUCGGCGACCCGAUCAUCCUGCGCGGGGGAGCCUCCGUUGAGCAUGUGUGUCACUCCAUCCACAGGUCCAUCGUGGCAGUAUUUAAAUACGCCCUCGUCUGGGGCAAGAGCACCAAGUUUAGCCCGCAGCGAGUUGGAAUCCACCACAUAAUGUGUGACGAAGAUGUUAUUCAGAUUGUGACGAAGAAAUAAUCCAGUGUUUAGUUGUAGCAUUGUUUGCCCAAAUAUAUAUAAGCCUCAA